AAUAUACGUCCUUUACGUGUCGGUUACCUUCCCGGAAGAGGGGUUGCACGCAACGCCAGUACUAAAACUACUACUACAUAGCCACAUGUGCCAUUUGUUUCAUUGUUGUUUAAUGUGACACGUUGCUUAAAUAACUAGCCGAAAAACGUACCCUUACGUGUUCUGUUAAAGUUACUUAGCCUGUGUGUUGCGGUGGGCGGGUACAGUUUCGGACCUGCCCGGAAGCAUUAUAGUGUUGCACAAAAUAACACUACUGCUACUACUACCACAACAUGGCGACAUGUGACAAUGGUGGCGAUGCCGUUGAUGAAAUAAACGAACCAGGCGCUGCUCUUUUUGGAAAUUUCAUAAAUUAUUACACUUUUAACCCACCGGAGAACCGAUUAAGUCUGAUCCCCACCACUCUCCUUGGGGAUUUAGGCUACAGCGAUAGGAGUCACACGACAUUGCUGCUGGACGUAGGCUGCAACACAGGGGAACUAAGCGUAGCACUUUACAAGCAUGUAGUGCAAACCCCGGAAUCAAACGUUCAUCUCCUCGGCUUCGACCUGGACGACACCCUCAUCCAGCGGGCCAACUACGCCAACCCUCUCCCGGGCAGCGUCACCUUCACCCCGUUGGACAUCACCGGAGACUGCACGCCGCUGCAGGACCACCUCAACCUGCACGGCUCCUCGCAUUUCCAUCUGACUUUGUGCUUGGCUGUCACCAUGUGGGUCCACCUCAACCACGGUGACGCUGGCCUGCUGCGGCUGCUCUCUCGUCUGGCGGAGCUCAGCGAGCACCUCCUGUUGGAGGCACAGCCCUGGAAGUGUUAUCGGUCAGCGGCCAGGAGGCUCCGGAAGCUGGGCCGGUCGGACUUCGACCACUUCAAGAAGCUCCAGAUCCGAGGGGACAUGAGCAAACACGCCAGGCGACACCUGGAGGGACACUGUAACAUGGAGCUCGUACGGAGUUUCGGGAGCACCACUUGGCACCGGAAGUUGUUGCUGUUUAAGCGAAAGUGACUGGGAGGUAUUUUGGGGUUACACAGGAAGUCGAACAGGAAAACAUACAAUUAUUUGUAUAUUAUAAAGUAACUUUACCACCUUGAAAUUAAAAACUCAGUUUGAUCAAUUGUGUUAAAAAAUCUGUAAUUGUGUAGAAAUUGUGGGCGGCAGUGGCUCAGGAGGAGACAUUUCACCCACCUUGCCUCCAGUGUUGCCCACACUGGUGUAUAUAUGAAUGUGAAUGCAUGUUUGGUGGUCAGGAGGCCGUAGGGGCGAAUUGGUAGCCAUGUUUCUGUCAAGACUACCCCAGAGCAGCUGUGCUACAGAUGUAGUUUACCACCACCAGUGUGUGACUGACGAGUGAAUGAAUAAUGGGUUCACUUCAUUGUGAAGCAUUUGGGUGCCUUGAAAAGCACAAUGAAGUUGAAUCCAUUAUUUUAAA